UCUCUAGCCGCACUCGCCGUCCUCUCGGUGUCGGCGCGGGGAAGGCGGGAGUGUGGAGCGCCGAGUCUGGCCUGUGCAGAUACGGUGCUUCCGGAGAUCGGCGGAGACCCGCGGCAGCUCAGCUAGACCCGGCCGCACGUUGACCUACCGAAGAGAUUUCUAGACAAAACAGGGGAAACGUGCUAGACUCAAGGAUGAUGGAUCCAUGUUCAGUUGGAGUCCAGCUCCGGACCACCCAUGACUGCCAUAAAACCUUCUAUACUCGGCACACAGGUUUCAAGACUUUGCAAGAAUUGUCGUCAAAUGACAUGCUUUUACUUCAGCUUAGGACAGGAAUGACCCUAUCUGGGAAUAAUACCAUUUGUUUGCAUCAUGUCAAAAUUUAUAUUGACAGAUUUGAGGAGUUACAGAAGUCAUGUUGUGACCCAUUUAACAUACACAAAAAGCUAGCCAAAAAGAAUCUGCAUGUAAUUGACUUAGAUGAUGCCACGUUUCUUAGUGCAAAGUUUGGAAGACAGCUGGUACCUGGUUGGAAGCUCUGCCCCAAAUGUACCCAGAUCAUCAAUGGAAGUGUGGAUGUUGAUUCAGAUGACCGCCAGAGAAGGAAACCCGAAUCAGAUGGAAGAACUGCUAAGGCUCUGAGGUCACUGCAGUUCACAAACCCAGGAAAGCAAACUGAAUUUGCUCCAGAAAGUGGAAAAAGGGAGAAAAGGAAGCUGACCAAGAACUCGAGCGCUGGCUCUGACAGACAAAUUAUUCCAGCAAAGAGUAAAGUCUACGACAGCCAAGGUCUGCUCAUUUUCAGUGGCAUGGACCUCUGUGAUUGCCUUGAUGAGGACUGCUUGGGAUGCUUCUACGCCUGUCCCACUUGUGGGUCUACCAAAUGUGGAGCUGAGUGCCGCUGUGACCGCAAGUGGCUCUAUGAGCAAAUAGAAAUUGAAGGAGGAGAAAUAAUCCAUAAUAAACAUGCUGGCAAAGCAUGUGGUCUAUUAUCUCCCUGUCACCCAUAUGAUAUUUUACAAAAGUGAUCACCCAAAUAACUGGCCAGCAAAGACGAAAGUGCAGCAGAGAAGUGAGCCGUGGCCGUUCUGGAAGUAAACUUGGAUCAGUCGUAAAUGGAAUUGUAGAAGCCUCGCUGGUAACAGGACUACUGAUACCAUUGCUGUUCUGGGGACAGAUGUGCAUCAGAGGAACCUGGUGACGGAAAGUUACCCACAUCUCUGAGGAAAGUGGCUCUGACGAGCAGGAAGAUUGUGCCAGGAAAGUGAUGGUGAAAACUUCACAUUCAAGGCUGUUUAUUGUAAAUAGAUAUUUCACAACAUUGAACCAUCAGAAAGGUUUCUAUUGAAUGUCAACAAAACAGGCAAUCACUGUUCAGACUAAUUUGGACAAUAAAAUAAAACUCUAGUUCUUAAUACA